GAAAGUUCAGGGACCAGAGUUUGCUAACCAUCAAGAAAGUAAUUCUAGAAAAUCCUGCAAUAGAUGACGACUGUCAAACGUGAGGCCGGCCAUGAACUAGACAUCUUUGAGCUUGAAAACAAGCGGAGACGUCUGACUUCAGACCAAGUAUCCAAGGAAGGGUUUGUAAUCCCUCUCAACAACGAGGAAGUCAGCACAGAAUCAAUCCACAAGAAGCUCAAUGUCUCAGAAACAGAGGCAGAGCCUUCAACUUUUGAAAAAGAGCUUAUCACGAUGACCCAAGCGCAACCGGUUGAGGCUAAAGCUAGAGCUACCACCCAAGUGUGGACAAGACCGCCACUGCCCGCCGAUUUCACGCCCAUGACACAUGAAAUAAACUUCCAGCAGUUGGAUGCAGAAGAGUCUAGUAUUGUCGGUCCUGAUGGGAGAGACCAGGGAUGUGUCAGGUUUUUCGGUGUUACAGACAAGGGCAAUUCGGUAUUGUGUAACGUACUGGGAUUUCGUCACUACUUUUACGUUCCAGCUCCACGUGGGUUCCCCACCGAGUUUGACGAGUUCACCAGGUCUUUGAAAUCGCAAUACCAAAACAUGAUUGAAGAUGUCGGUAUCGAACUGAAAGAAAGUAUAUGGGAAUUUCACGGAGACCAAAAGGUUCCAUUUCUCAAGAUCAUACUAUCCCAUCCAAGACACGCAGGUAAGGUUCGUACAGGAUUUGAAAGAGGUGAGGUACAAUUUCGUGACUUGUUUAACCCAACCGGUACAGUCACUUUUGAUAACUUGCAAUAUCUUCUGCGUAUGAUGGUGGACUGCCAAAUCACCGGUAUGAGUUGGCUCUCUUGCCCGGCGGGAAAAUAUACUACCGUUGAGUAUCGAAGAAAAGUUUCCACUUGCCAGUUGGAGGUGAAUAUAAACUAUACAGACUUGCUCAGCCAUAAGCCAGAGGGGAAAUACCUUUCGAUGGCACCAUUGAGAGUGCUGUCCUUUGAUAUCGAAUGUGCAGGGAGAAAGGGGAUCUUCCCCGAGCCUGACCAAGAUAGCGUCAUCCAGAUCGCCAACGUUGUUUCAAAGGUCGGUGACAGUAUCCCGUUUGUGAGAAAUGUCUUCACUGUGAAGAGCUGUUCUCCAAUUGUUGGUUCUGAAGUGUUUAGUUCUGAAGAGGAAGGUGAUAUGCUAAUGAAAUGGAAAGACUUUGUUGUCGAGGUAGAUCCGGAUGUUAUAAUUGGUUAUAACAUUGUCAACUUCGAUCUGCCAUAUUUGAUUAACAGAGCCAAGGCUUUGAAACUUGACAAAUUUCCAUAUUUUGGAAGGUUGUCGAACACUAGGCAAGAAAUCAAGGAUUCGAUUUUUAGCUCACGUGCUUAUGGUACCAGAGAGUCUAAAAUCAUCAAUACAGAGGGCAGAAUGCAGCUUGAUCUUCUUCAAUUUAUUCAAAGAGAAUUCAAACUCAGAUCCUAUACUCUGAAUGCCGUUUCUUCUCACUUUUUAGGGGAGCAAAAGGAGGAUGUGCAACACUCAAUCAUCACGGACUUACAAAAUGGGGAUAGUGAAACGCGUAGAAGGUUGGCAGUUUACUGUUUGAAAGAUGCCUUUUUACCUCUGCGGUUGAUGGAAAAAUUGAUGUGUUUGGUGAACUACACAGAGAUGGCCAGGGUCACUGGUGUUCCGUUCUCCUUCUUACUUACGAGAGGACAACAAAUCAAGGUUAUCUCUCAGUUAUUCAGAAAAUGUUUGGAUUUGAACAUUGUCAUUCCAAACAUGAAGUCUGAGAAUGUUAAUGAAGAAUACGAAGGUGCGACUGUCAUUGAGCCUGUUAGAGGGUACUAUGAUGUUCCGAUUGCGACAUUGGAUUUUGCUUCCUUGUAUCCAUCCAUUAUGAUGGCGCAUAAUCUCUGCUACACCACCUUGUUGAGCAGAAAGACAAUUGAGAGGCUAGGUUUAAAGGAAGGUGAAGAUUACGUGAAGACGCCAAAUGGAGAUUGUUUUGUGAUGGAGCAUGUGCGAAAGGGAAUCUUACCCACGAUUUUGAAGGAAUUGUUGGGUGCAAGAGAGCAGGCCAAGAAAGACUUGAAGAAUGAGACUGAUCCGUUUAAGAAGCAAGUGUUGAACGGUCGACAGCUAGCAUUGAAGAUUUCUGCAAACUCAGUCUACGGGUUUACUGGUGCUACCAUUGGUAAACUACCCUGCUUGGCCAUUUCAUCCAGUGUCACUGCGUUUGGUAGAGAAAUGAUUGAAGCCACCAAGAACGCCGUCCAGGAAAAAUACAGUUUGAAAAAUGGAUUCCCCUACAAUGCACAAGUCAUCUAUGGUGAUACCGAUUCGGUGAUGGUUAAAUUUGGUUUCAGCGACCUGGAGACAUGCAUGAGUUAUGGUGAGGAGGCAGCGGCCUACGUAUCCAAGUUGUUCAAAGACCCCAUCAAGCUCGAGUUCGAGAAGGUGUACUUCCCGUACUUGUUGAUCAACAAGAAAAGAUACGCCGGGCUAUUCUGGACGAAUCCCGCCAAGUUCGACAAGAUGGACACAAAAGGUAUCGAGACGGUGAGAAGAGAUAACUGCCGACUCGUCCAGAACGUCAUUACACGGGUCUUGGAGCUGAUUCUCGAAGACCGAAACGUCGAAGAGGCCGAGGAGUUUGUCAAGAAAACGAUUGCGAACUUGCUACAGAACAGGGUCGACUUGUCGCAGUUGGUGAUUUCCAAGCAGCUCAGCCGACAGGACUAUGCGAACAAGCAGCCGCACGUCGAGUUGGCCGAGAGGAUGCGCAAGAGAGACGCCGGGUCUGCCCCAAACGUCGGCGACAGAGUGGCGUACGUCAUCAUCAAGACCGCUGCCGGCGACAAGAACUACGAGAAGUCCGAGGACCCGCUGUAUGUCUUGGAGAACUCGCUGCCCAUCGACACCAAGUACUACUUGGACAACCAGUUGAGCAAGCCCUUGACGAGGAUCUUCGAGCCCAUCUUGGGCGAGAAGCGCACCCGGGAGUUGCUCCACGGCUCCCACACCAGAAUCGUCAAGGUCGGCAGCGCCAAGACAGGCAUGUUGAUGCGUUUCGCCAAGAAGUCCAACACCUGCAAGGGCUGCAAGACCGCCAUUCCGGACAACGAGACCCUCUGCAAAAACUGCAAGAGCCGCAGUGGCCAGAUCUACGGCGAGGCCUUGGGCAAGAUGAACCUCCUCGAGGAGCGGUUCAGCAAGUUGUGGACCGAGUGCCAGCGCUGCCAGGGCUCCUUGCAUCAGGAGGUCCUCUGCGAGAAUAAGGACUGUCCGAUCUUCUACAUGCGCAUGAAGUGCCAGAAGGACAUUUCCAAGCAGUCUGCCGAGUUGCAGAAGUGGGACAGCAGCAGCUGGUGAUAUAUCUGUCUAUGUGUAACCCAACUCCUCCCACCCCCGUGUAAUAACGCUUAACCCCACCCUCUUUCUCUUCUCUGCCGCCUGCGUGCCGCUCCGCCCGCUCCGGCCCUCGGCAGCUUUUGCGCAACCGCUGCUCCCGCACAACGGAAACGAAUUAUAUGGCUCGGAAGAGGGAGCCUCGGACGGAAG